ACAGGUCGAAAGCGUAAGAAGUUCAAGCUAAAUAAGUAUGUAUUUCCUUUAAUCAUUGGGUUCUUGCUUAUUAAAUCGGUAAUACUACCUUUGGCUCUAAAGGCUUUAGCAAUCCUCAGUGGAAAAGCCGUAGUGCUUAGUUUAAUGAGCUUAAUUUUGGCGGCCAUUGUUGGACUUCGAACUGUCGCAUCCGGAGGUGGAACCACUGCACAGAACAAAAUAGACUUGGCAUCAAACUAUAAGAGAAAAGAUAUGCAAGAUUACAUCGAUCCAAUAGAUGAUAAUCCAUAUAGAUACUAUGCUGAUCAUACUCGAAGAAAAAAAUAA